UUUCUCCUCCCCAUCCUGGAACUCUGGAAGGCUAUAGUGAAGUUCUUCAUCUCUCAAUUUCUCAGACACCUUUUAGCUGGUUUUCAGUUUUCUUGGCCCGAAUUAAUUCCCAAAUCAGAAGAAAAGAUGGCGUUGCUUUGGGUAGCAAUAAUGUUGGCGUUGACAAUGGCGGCUCCCACUUCACAGCGUAGUCUAAGAAUGGACGUCAAGAAUGGGAUGAAAGUGGAAACUUUGCUAUCUCCUAGGUUUGAGCUGGAACCAGGAUCGGUUUGUAAUAAAUUUUUUUAUGGUAUCGACUUUCCAAAAGGUCAUAUUGCUGUGAAAGGGUUUGAAGCAGAAGUAGUUGAUGAGGAAGGAAACUCUAUCCCACUCCAUCAAACUUAUCUCCAUCAUUGGAUUGUUGGAAAAUACAUGAUACGCAAAGAUGAGGUAGUAGAAGCAGCAGAUAAAAUGUUUCUAGUAGGGAACUCAGGGGUUUGUGCUGAACUUCCACAAUAUUUUGGGCUGGGAUCAGAGACGAGGAAAACAAACUCAAGUGUUCCUGAUCCUUAUGGAAUCGAAGUUGGGAAUCCGCCCCCGGGGUUAGAGGAAGCAUGGAUGCUUAAUGUACAUGCCAUUGAUACACGAGGCACCGCAGAGAAUAAGCGGGGUUGCACUGAGUGUAGGUGUGAUUUGUAUAAUGUGACAAAAGACGAGGACGGGAGACCUCUAGGUGACUAUCCCGGAGGCCUUAGAUGCUGCUAUGAUGGGGCGAAAUGCAGGGUGAAACAAGGAUUUCGGGGCGAAAAGAGAGGGCUCUACCUUAAGUACACUGUCACUUAUGUUGAUUGGAACCCCUCCAUUGUGCCUGUCAAGGUUUAUAUAUUUGAUGUCACUGAUACUUUGAAAUCGUCCGAUUCUGUCCCGGGAAGACACGCUUGCCAGAUUGAAUACCAAGUUGAGGCAUGUUCUGCUGCUACGCCUACUCAUGAAUGUGUUCAUUCCAAGAGCUUAACCGUUAGUUUGCCAAACGGAGGAGAUCUCAUCUAUGCUGUUACUCACCAACACAUUGGAGGGAUUGGCUCUACUCUUUUUGGAGAGGAUGGACGGGUUUUGUGCAAUUCACUUCCAAUAUAUGGAAACGGAACAGAACCAGGAAAUGAAGAUGGUUACCUCGUUGGAAUGUCGACAUGUUACCCUCAACCUGGCUCGGUCAAGAUUGCUCCAAAUGAGAAGCUAACUAUUAUAUCGAAUUAUAGCAAUGUCCAGAUGCACACAGGGGUCAUGGGCUACUAUUACAUUUUAGUUGCUGAGCCAUCGCCAGAAUCAAACCCCAUCUUUCAUUCCCUCGACGUGGCAGAUCUGAUGUAGCUAGCUAGGUUUUCAAGCUUGGAAGCCAUGAUGAUCUGAUCUGAUGUGUUCCUCAGCUUCUGGUAGAUUCAAUGCCUCUCAAGAAUAAGAGAUCAUGUGCUGUAAUUUUUCUUGCAUUGUAUUAUAUAUGUGUGGGGAUGUAAACCCAUUUGGUAAAACCUUAGAAUAUAUGCAUUGCAAUGCCUAUGUCACAUGUACCAGUAAAACUUCUUCUUUUUUAGUUCUCCAUGUUACAAUUUCUAUUGCUUUUUUGUCUUUUUGACCUAACUUUCAAUGAAUGGUAACUACAAAGCUUGUAGCU